AUGAACACGGUCGCCCCUCCCCAUCGCGACUCGUUCUACGAAUUGCGCAUCUUCUUCCCAGGCGUCGCCUUACUACCAGACGACUACCUCAAGAAGCUCAAGCUCAUACUACGACUGUUCAGGUCGUACCCUUCGUCAUCUGCCCCCACGAGAAAGAGUAAACAUGUCCGCGGCCUCACCGUCGAGGGCAAAGUCUACUCUUCAGCAGAUCUCGACACGCUGAUCGUCUUCAUUCGCAGCGUCCAAUGCAAACCACCACUGGUGGUGGUCCACCAGGCUGUGACACAGUCAUACCUCGACUUAGCCAAAGACAUCUCAAAAACGUGCACUCCAUGCUUCUUGCAUCACCACACUAGGCCAGAGGAGCACUCAGCCACCUACCACACUAUCACGCUGCUGUACCACGAGUCAGUUGACGCAGACGCCUACAAAGGCGACAUUGCGCAUGACCCCAACGCAGCUGAAGUCAGGUGGGUCCCGCACAGGAAGAGAGGGUCACCUCGUCGUAAGCGUAAGCUGCCUGUGAUAAAGCCGUCGUCACCAGUGGCCAACGGCACCUCCACGCCGGUGAAGUCAAAGUCCACCGUCGACACUCCCACCCCAGCCACUCCUCACACCGCAAUGGAGGAGGACUCAGACCGAGACGAGUCAUCCGGCAUGCUGCUUGACAAGCUGACGGCUGAGGCACCUACGCAUCCAGACGCAUUAGUCGCUUCGACUACCAACGAGCCACCAACACCUACGACUAAGGAAGUUGUUGACCCACCAGAACAGAAGGCUACCUUCAAGCCCCUCUCUCUCCGUAGAAGACGUGAUGAGCCAGCCACUCCCCCCCAUGCGGGAGUGCCCAACACGGUGUCACCCAUCAACCCAAUCAAGAAGGCACCCAAGAAGACUCGCGUUCACCCCCCAGCAUCGAUACCAACCCCAUCUUCCCUCCCAACAACAAAAAAAACAUAA